GCAUUGCACACUCUGGAGAAAGGCGACAAGAAAGUCGAGAAGGCCCAAGAGGACAUAUCGAAAAAUCUUACCCUGAUGAAGAACAUGCUGUACGGCACUGGAGAGGCUGAACCGCAGAAUGAAAUCGUUGUAGCGCAGCUAGCGCAGGAAUUAUAUAAUUCUAAUUUGCUUCUCCUGCUGAUACAGAAUUUGAACAAGAUCGAGUUCGAGAGCAAGAAAGACGUAGCCCAAAUUUUCAACAACGUUCUGAGGCGACAAAUCGGCACCAGAACUCCCACUGUCGAGUAUAUAAUGGCGCAUCCCGAUAUACUCUUCACGUUGAUGAGAGGCUACGAGCAUCAAGAAAUUGCUCUGAAUUGUGGCACCAUGUUGAGAGAAUGCUGCCGGUAUGAAACCCUUGCCAAGAUA